AUGGGGACUGGCGAUAACCUCAUCGAGGAAUGGUUUCCACCACGAACGGCUCCCACACAGGAGCAAAUUGACAGAAAUAUGGGUAUUGCGCUUGAGCUCCAGAACGCCUGCAUGACGCAACACAAAAAACCACCAUUCGCCUGCAUCCUCGUCGCGCCGGACCACGAGACGGUCCUCCUGAAGCAGCACAACGUCUCCUACGUCAGACAUGCCGAAUCCACCCUCGCCUUGUCAGCCGCGGACCAAUUCCCCCCAGGUUACCUCUGGCAGUGCACCAUGUACACCACCUGGGAGCCGUGUGCGAUGUGUGCAGGGACGACGUACUGGGCGAACAUCGGAAGGGUCAUCUUUGCGGCCAGCUCGCGGCAGCUCCUGGAGCUGACGGGCCCUAACAAUGCUACCAACUUUACUUCGGCGGACUCGUGCGUCCCUAUUCUGCAGGGGGGGCAGAAACAUAUUGAGGCUGUGGGGCCGCUGGAUGGUUGGAGUCAACGUGUCGCCGAUGAUGCGGAUUGGUUCUGGAGCAAGACGGAGGCGCGGGUUGAAGCAGCUAAGCAGAAGGCGCCGUCGUAG